AUGGAUGAAUUUAGCAGUGGUGAUCAAGCUCCUGAGUGGACCAGUAGCAGCAGUGACGAUAGCUUUUCCUAUGAGGAUGAAGAUUCUCAUCAAGAUGUUGAGAACAUUGAUAAUGUUGAAUCUAGCAUAGAGAAAGAUGAUGACAAGGUUACUGCAACUAUGCUAUGGAGUUCUGAGUUUGACAAGGAGGUUCAUGCCUAUAAAGCUUAUGUAAAGUAUGCGAGAGAUAUGGGUUUUGCUGUCCGUAAAAGAGACUUGUCAAGAGAUAAGGAUGGGAAUUUGAAUAGAAAGUACUAUGUUUGCAAUCGCCAAGGGACAAGGGAUCCAAAACACUAUCGUCUACUUGAUAGAAAGAGGAAUCAUAAGCCAGAGACAAGAACUGGUUGCAAGGCACGUUGUUUUAUUUAUUUGGAUAAGUUGUCCAUGAAAUGGAGAGUUAAGACACUAGAAGAGGAGCACAACCAUCCAAUGAUCCCAGAACAAUUUGUUCAUUUAAUUUCUAACCAUCGGAAGUUGACUGAGGCUGACAAAGCCCGGAUUGUUUGCAUGAAGGAAUCUGGGUUUCAAACUUCUCAAAUUGUUGGGUUUUUGGCUAAGCUUGCUAGUGGCUAUAGUAACCUUAAUUUCACGAAGAAGGAUGUUUAUAACUUUAUUGAUCCAGAUAGGCGUGCAAAGAUAGAGAACGGAGAUGCUGUGGCAGCAAUAAGUUAUCUCCAGGGUAAGGCAGAUGUGGACCCAAUGUCUGUUGCUCGUUAUACACUAGUCAACGGUAACAAAUUGGGCAAUCUUUUCUGGGCUGAUGGACUUAUGAUCAAUGACUACCAAUACUUUGGAGAUGUGUUAGCUUUUGACUCCACUUAUAAGAAGAAUAGAUAUAAUAAACCUGUAGUGAUUUUCUCUGGAUCAAAUAAUCAUCGCUUGACUUGCAUAUUUGGGUUUGCUGUGCUUGCCAAUGAAAGUCGAGAUACCUACAUAUGGUUGCUGAAGGAAUUUUUGGAUGUCAUGAUGAACAAGGAACCAAGUGUUGUAGUGACUGACGGCGACGAUCAAAUGCGACAAGCAAUAAAGGAGGUCUUCCCUAGCACGACACAUAGGCAUUGUGCAUGGCACAUUGAGAAAAAUGCAAAUAGUCACAUCAAUGAUCGGUCUCUUUUGGAUGCUUUUAAGGUAUCGAUGUAUGCUAAUAUGAUGGUACCCCAAUUUGAAGCUUACUGGGAAGAAAUGAUUCAGAAAUUUGAUAUUGAUGAGGACCACUGGCUUUUAACCAAAUAUGCCAAUAAGGCAAUGUGGGCCACUGCAUACCUAUGCGGAAAGUUUAGUGCAGGUGUUAGAACAACAUCUCGAUGUGAAGGUAUAAACUCUUUCCUAAAAAGGUUUAUUAAGUCACAGGAAACCUUGCUUGCGCUUGUGGAAAAUCUAGAGCGCGUGGUUAAAGAGUACCGUAACAAUGAACUUGUUGCUCAAUUCAAGUCUAUGUAUAGUAAGUCAGUGCUGACUACUGGGUUGGACUCCAUUAAGCAGGCUGCAGCAAGGGUUUACACUGCAGAAGUAUUUCCAGAGGUGAAGGAUCAACUAGCAAAAGUUGUUGCACUAAAGCAUGUUGGCAAAAGUGGUAUGGGCAGUAAUAUUGUUCAUUGUGUUGCAAAAUUUAGACGACUAGGUAGACUUUAUCAUGUUCUUCAUGAUGAUACUUCAGAAAGGAUUGAAUGUGAAUGUCAGCAUUCACAACAAAGUGGCAUACCAUGCAGCCAUAUAUUUUGUGUCAUGAGACAUGAGGAUAUUUGUGAAUUGCCUGAACAUUUGGUUUUAAAGAGAUGGCGAAAAGAAGCAAAUGCAUACUUAAAUGAAGAAGUUGACGAUGGAAAAGACCCGAAGAGAGCGUUUGCUCUCUGGUACGGUUCCUUGUGGUCGGGGUCAAUUUGGAUGAACUUUCUUGUCGCAAAAACUACACCAACUUAUCGCCAUACAAUUGGAUGUGUUAAUGGCAUUAUAAAGGAUUUGGAGAAGAGGUUAUGCUUGGUCGAAAACGUGAGUAGGCCAGUCAAAGAUAUUCAGGACCUUGAGAUUGUGAAGAUAAGGGGUGCGCCAAAACUCAACAAGAAAUUCAAGGGAUUGAAGACAAGGAACUGCUCCCGUUGUGGGCAAACUGGUCACACCCGAAGAACAUGUCAUAAUGUAGAAUCUGAAAAGCAUUGUUUGACUGGAGAUAAUGGCUCUGAAGGCGAAGGGCAUGGCAGUAGGUUUGAAACAGGACGGCAUAAUAGUCAUGAUGAUGAUGUCGCGGCCAAGCAAGGAUCACUUUCAAGCAAGUUUGGUUUGUAUAGCGCAGGUUGUGAUGAAGUUGCAUCAGACUCUUUGAAGAAUAUCUGUAAAAAUUCUAUUCCAAAUUAUAUUACUGUCCCAAAAUAG